AUGAUUAUGAGUCUUGCACUAGUGCUAGUAUGCAUGGUAUACAUGAAGGCUGGUUGCGCCGAUCCGUUCAAUUUCUAUAACUGCUUUCAUGCAAUAUUGGUGAUAGUUCAUUUCGGUAGCAUUCUCCCGCCAUCUUUCAGAACAAAAAUACAUACACGUCAAGUUAUGGUUCAAUCAUGUGGUGUCUGGGCUCACGUACGUGUGUGACACGAUAAUGCAAGUGUUCUGUACUACAGCACAGUAUGUUAUGGCUGAUGAUACACUAGCUGCACUAGUAUAAAAAGUACUUGAGUGCUUCCGAAAUUCACAAUGCAGUCGGAUGAGAACAUUGGAGAACAUCUUGUAGGCAUACAGCGGCACCUGCGAGACCUGGGUCUGCAUUUGAGAAGCAUCAAACUGCAUCAAGAUGAAGGGGAAAACAUGGAAAAGCAAACAUUGUGCCUGACUGCGAGAGGGCACAAACCACGCAGAUUGCCAGGAAAGAAAAGAGUCGUUUCUUCAAAAAAGGGAAAGAAUACAAAAUCGAACCUGCAACAUCGCAACGUCAACUUCACGUUUGUCAACAUCAACCUCACUAACAGUCCUCUCCAUGUGGGCAGCAGUUCGGAAAACAGGUACUGUUACGGCAGUUGUGGCAGUGAAAGACAAGAUAUGGUCCUGCCGCCACAGCCAGCUAAUGACCUCGAUGUCUUGGAGGAGUCGAUCAACGACUUUGUGCAAAGCCGAGAGACUACUAUCCAACUUCUCUAUUCUGUAGAACGUGAUCUUAUAGAAGGAGACCUUCACGUUCGACUUGCAAAGCUAAAGGUUGCUGGAAGAUCAACAGAGUUAGUAGGCACAGCAUUGGUCAUCGGUGGCUUCGCUUCUUCGUUCUUCACCUUCGGCACUUCGCUGAUCCUCGUCAGCGUUGGUGCCGGUUUAGGAGCGGCCAGCGGGCUGACAGCGGUGGGAGGUGUUCUCACGGAAUUCAUAACUUCAAAGUUAACCAGCGAACAAGCAAUUAGAACAAUCGAGCAGGAAAGAAUCGCCUGUGAUAAUCUUAAUGCUGCCCUGGAGCGAAUGAACUCGACUGUGAGGCAUGAAUUGGACGCGCACGAGAGUGUUGGAGGGGUAGGCACGGCAAAUAUUAAAAGGGGGAAGGCGUCUGGCAAUACGACAUUCGAGGCAGUGAGCGCUUCAGGCAGUUCAGGGCGCGGCAUGGCCAUCGCAGGCGCGACACUCGCCGCGAAAGUUGCGACCAUCCCAGUUGACCCGCACACUCUGAUCAAAUCCGCCAUAGAUAUCCACAAAAAAAACGUACCAGAAAUAGCGGAAGUUAUCCACAACAUUGCCGACGAACUACAAACCCAACUGCACGAGAAAGUGGGAGAAAUCAGGGCAAACUAUGGUACUGCUGUAGAGCUAGCAGUUCGAUAAGAAUGCCUCCAAAGAAUGGGUUGAGCAGGGGCGGAUCUACGAAUUUUUGCAGG